AGCCUAGCAAACACCAUCCGCCCACAAGUUCGACACCAGAUUGCACAUGGCGAUGGUGCUGCGGGCGCUUCUGGCAAUGCUGCCCCUGGUCCAGGGCGGCCCGGCCAAGUUGUACUGCUGGUCCCUGGUGACGCCCAACACCUACGAGGUUGGAAUGCUGGCCGGCAUGGCGUCUUUGGGAGUGGGCCUUUUUGAGUGCAAUGGCUAUGACAUCGUCAGCAACGUCACAGCUGACGUCCUGUUCAAAGAUUUCCCGGACAUUGCGAAUCAGCUCAAGGACCAUGUGCACACCAUCGACAUGGAUCUCUUCGUGAAUAAAGUCUCCGGUCCGGUAGGCACGGACCCCUCCUCGCCCUACACAAACCCCAACAGCCCCCUGUACCAGGGCGCGACGAUGAAGCAUCUCGCCAACACCCCCGUCUUUAAGGAGGCCUGGCAGAAGAUCUUCAACCUCGGCAGCUUCCAGAACUACGACUUCACGGCGAAGCUGGACGUGGACGCGGUGAUCGUGCCGGCGCGGCUGUCAGGGAUGCUGACGAACCGCCCCAAAGUCUCGGAGUACUUCUUCGACACCCUCCACGACAUGUAUGGCAACUUCCUGCAUGGUCCCAUCGAGCUCAUUAGUCGACUCGGCAUGUUCGCCUUCCGGGACGCGCGCCAUGUGUGCUUCGACAAGAUCGAUCAGAUGGCCUAUGGCGAGGACUUCUUCGCGAAGCAGUGCUGGGACAUGAUCGGGAUCAAAGCUGUGCCCACCAUGGACAUCCGCCUGCUCUAUGACAAAUACGAGUGGGGCACGGCCUCGCAGAAUCGCUGUGACGCGUUGGUCCCGGACCCCGCGGUGUUUCAUGAGCCCCAGUACUACGCCGUGUUCCAUCCCUACAAGGACAUGGCCUCGUGGCUGCAGUGCCGCCGGGAGACCGGCGUGCCCAAGAUGCUUUCUGACGCGCAGGUGCAGUCGGCGGUGGCGCUGGCCACCAAGCCGCUGACGCUCUACGAGCAGAUGGGGCAGGUCGUCGCGAGGCGCCGCCCCGCGGUCGUCUUCCUUGCAGGCGUCGGUCUUGUGGCGGCCAGCGCCCUGCUGGUGUCGCGCAAGCGCCUCUCCGCGCGGGGCGUCACGCAGGAGCCGUUGGUGGAUGAGGAACUCGAAUGAGUCAACCAAAGCGCCAAAGGCCUUCAGGCUUGGCCCAGUGCGGACCUGGAAAUCAACUCGUGGGGCCACCAAACACGAGCCAA